CGGUAAAUGGAGGGAACAUGUAUUUGAAAUUACGUUAGAAGAGUGGUUUAUUUACUCUACAAAUUGCGUUUCUGAAGCAUAACAAUUUUUAUAAAUCUGCUCCCUACAAAUUGGUCUGGCUAUAAGAGUGUGGACAAAUUAAAAAAUUUGAUUCCCACACAAAAAGGAAAAAAGAAAAAGUUGGAAAAUUUUGAGUUCGGAUUUUAUCCCAUACUGGUUCGGUUCGGGCGGUUUAUCUUCUACUACUUCAUUUUAUUUAAUUAAUGUUUUCCUUUUCUUGAAAAAAAAAAAAAAACCCAAAAAAAGCUGAUUCGUAUAAAUACGCCCAUUCUUUCUGAAGGAUAAAUUAGUAGGCCAAAAGUCGAGAGAGCCUUUCAGAGUCAUACUUAUCAGUUCGUUAUUGACCACCGCCACCACCGCCUCUUCAGCCAUUCAUGGCGGACGCCACCGCCGGCGGCACAAAUAACAACCACCCCAAUGAAGCCAACAAUGUCGGCAACGGGCAGGUGGAGACCAGCAAGGCGGAGAGACACGUGUGGCUAAUGAAAUGCCCUCCCGUCGUUUCUCGCUCCCUUCACCACAACCAACACAAACAACAAUUACAGGGCAACCACCACCAAAAUGACGUCGCCGCUUCUUCUUUCCUUCCGGACGGGCCCAUCGCUAAGGUCGUCGUCGCCGUCGACCCACUCCUCCCCAAUGACAACUAUUCCUCCACUAAGUUCACAAUGGAAUUGGCUGGCACCGAAUCCGGAAAUGUUCCCAAAUGCUACUCCAUGGACAUGUCGACCGAUUUUAUUCCAAUGUCAGUAUUCUCCGAGUCGGGUCAAGGAAAGCUUUCUGUGGAGGGGAAAAUUUAUCACAAAUUUGACAUGAAGCCUCACUGUAAAACCAUUGCGGAUUAUGGAAAACUAUGUCGUGAAAGGACAAACAAAUACAUGACUAAAACAAGACAGAUUCGGGUUAUUGAUGAUGAUAGCGGACAGCAUCUAAGGCCAAUGCCAGGAAUGGUUGCUAUAAAGGCUUCAGGACACCAAGAGAAGAGGAAAAUGCCUGUUAAGGGAUCAGAAAUGAAAAGAACAAGAAGGGGCAAGGAUGAAAUGGAAGAGAUUAUGUUCAAGCUCUUUGAAAGGCAACCAAAUUGGACACUUAAACAACUGAUUCAGGAAACUGACCAACCAGAGCAAUUUAUGAAGGACAUGCUGAAACUGCUGUGUGUGUACAACAACAAGGGAUCGAAUCAAGGAACUUAUGAGCUCAAGCCGGAGUACAAAAAAUCUGAAGAAGAGCCAGAACCAGAUUCUAAAUAGCGUCUGCUGGAUAUGGAUUUUUCGGAACAUUUGGCAUCAACCUAACCGGAUCUUUCUUGUAGCACCGUGAUGCAAGUCCUGUUUCUUAUUCUGCCUUCUCGCAUCAAAAACCCAUUUGUAAAUAAUUCACUAUAGUUCGAAGUAGAAGCAUUGCAAUUCCAUAAGCAGCAGCUGACUGGCGCUGAAAUUUAAACACACUAUAUUUGCUGGUCAUCUAUGACUGAUAGAGGGAACAUUUUGUUUAGCUGACUGGCUGGCUUCAAGAUUCAAGUCAAACCCCUGUUUUGGUAGAAAAAGAAUAGUGGAAAGUAACAGUCUUUAGUCUUUAUAAAUGAAAAUGUUGACUUUGUUAUUAAUGUUUAUAUUACUACUAUUAUUUUUCGUGGUCGCAUUUUACCAGUCUACAUAAUCAUUUUU